AUCAUUAUACCAAUAACUAUUAUGUUAAACAAUUAAAAUUGAUAGAGUAUAGGUUAAAAUAAAAAAAUUGAUGAAAUUUAUUCCUGUAUCUUUACACUUUUGUAAUUGCAUUCACUAGAGUUACUUUGUCAUUGAUAAUUUGCUAUAAGGAAAAAAGAAUUGGAUAUUCACAGUAAGUCAAUAUUUAAUUAUAGAAUUGAAUAUUAAAGAAUAUAAAAAAAUAGUAUUUCACAUUGAUUUCAAGGAAAUUAAUGAUAAUAUAAUAAUAAAGUUUUUUCGAAUAGCAAAUCUUCAUUUAAUAUUCGUUUCUCUAUAUUACUUUGUAAAGAAACUCGUAUGAAUAUCCGUAGUCUAUUGACGGAGAUUUAUGUAGGGAUGACCUUUUUAUUUAACUAUAUAUGUAUGACAGACGAUUAUUGGUAAUUAUGUUCACAUCAAUUCGUUGCUCAUUUAACACUCUUUAUGCAAUGACUUAUUAAUCGUUCCCUCACGAAGAUCCGGCGCACAGUUAAUGCGUAAUACAUUGUGAAUAAAACGCAAUGACAUUUAAAGAGAAAUGAAGGUGGAUAUUAGAAUGUGAGUGUACUCGAUCGAUUGUUCAUUGAUUUACAAACACUACACGUUAGAUUUAUGCGGCAGUAAACCAUUUUUUUGUAUUAUACAUAUAAGUUCGUUUCGCGGGAAAAUGGCGGAUCAAUAUCUCACCCCCACGCGGAUCUGAGCGGCAUCCCCAGUUACCAAAGGUUUUUGCAAAUUGAAUUUUGAUUUUUUGAGUGAAAAUUCUGUGUUCCCUUUUCGAUUUUUUUCCCUUGAUAAACGUUUACUUGGUUCUUCGUGUCAUCAAGAUAUUCAAUGCAUACUUUCUAUGCGAUUCUUGAAAAAUGGAUCUUGAAGUGUGAACUACACGGAAGAUCGGGCAAAGAAUGAUGCAAAAAGUGGGGUCAGUUUUAUCAGGAACGUGAACUUUAAUCAAGAUACGAAGUGUCAUCACGUGAAAAGUGAAAGGGUAACCCACCACCCCCUCGGAAUUGAGCGUAAUAAAAUUGGCAUACCCGUUCAGUCUAAUAAUUGAAUUUCCUUUGUGGAUGUUAAGGUACUUUGUUCCUUAAACUCGAAUCUAAGACGAUUAUGAUGUGCGUGCGAAGAUGCCGGAAAACCAGCGGUCAGCGUAUUUCCGCGUAUGGAAAACGCUGAUAAUGAGCAAUUACAAAACCGAAUAUCAUAUUUUAUAUCUAACAAAAACUGAAAUGUUUAGGGAAGUGUGUACACAGUAAUUGUUUUUAAUGCUGAUUAAGCAUUUGGCAAUUGUAUGUUAGCGUGUGAAGGAAACAUAAUGUUAAAUAUACUAGGUGCUGAGCCAAAAUACUACCUCUGCUAUAUGUACAAAGUAACAAAAUUGAUUGUGUUAGAAGUAAAAUAAAAAUAUAUAAAUAUAUAAAUAUAUAUAUAUAUAUACAUACAUAUAUAUAUAUAUUAUAUAUGUACACAUACACAUAUAACAUAUACGAAUGUAAAUGUAAAUGAAGAAACAUAUAUUCUAAUGUAAAAGUAUUCACACGUAAAUGUAUAGUAAAGUAAAUCAGAAGCUCUUCCUCGAUGUACGUCCUCGUAUUCAACAAGAUCAACCAAUAUGGAAAGAGGACAUUUGAUAACAAUAGUUGUUUGACAAAUGCAUAAAAGCAACAUCAUAUAAACAGUUGAAAAGAAUUAAACAUCAAACGAAUAAAAAUGAACAUACCGUAUGAUGAAAAUUUGGUAUGGAUAGUAGUGAUUGGAUUUUUAGUGGCCUUUGUUUUGGCAUUCGGAAUUGGAGCUAACGAUGUCGCCAAUAGUUUUGGCACAAGCGUUGGCGCUGGAGUACUUACAAUAUUCCAAGCUUGUAUUUUAGCAACUAUAUUUGAAAUUGCUGGAGCUGUACUCAUUGGUUAUAAGGUUUCCGAUACAAUGAGAAAAGGUAUAUUAGAUGUUACAUUGUACGAAGGCCAUGAAAAAGAAUUAAUGAUAGGAGCAUUAUCUAGUUUAGCUGGAUCUGGUAUCUGGCUCAUUCUAGCAACAGCAUUACGAUUACCUAUUUCUGGAACACAUUCCAUUGUUGGUGCUACAGUUGGUUUUUCACUUGUCUGUAAAGGUAUUGCAGGGGUAAAAUGGAUAGCUCUUGCAAAUAUAGCAGCAUCUUGGUUUGCAAGUCCUGUACUUAGUGGAAUUGUAUCAGGUGCUAUAUUUUGGCUUCUAAGAAAAUCUGUACUCCAGUCGAAUAAGCCUUUAGAACAAGGUCUUCAUAUUCUCCCAUUAGCAUAUGGUCUCACUGUUGCUAUUAAUGUUAUGUCAGUUGCACACGAUGGACCUAAACUUUUAAUGCUUGACAAAAUGCCAUGGUGGGGUAGUUUAAUAGCCGCAGUAAGUUUCGGUUUAUUUUCAGCUGCCAUUGUUUAUUUAUUUGUUGUACCAUGGCAAAGAAAGCGAAUAUUACUAUCACUGAGUAGCAACGAAAAUACUACAACAACAAAGUUUGGUACCUGCGAUAAAAAAGAAACUACAGCAUUAUCUGUUAUAUCGGAAGCCCCACAAAGUAGUAGCAGUAGUAGUAGUAAUGGUAAUGCCAAAGAAGCAGCACCAAAAUUACGUGGUAAUAGUAGCGCAAGUCCUCUGUUAAUGGUAUCAGGAUCAGAUACCGAGGGUGCUAAAGUUGAACCUGAAAGAAAAAACGAGGAACCACCAGAGAUAUCUAAAUUGUUUGCUUUUCUGCAAGUAUUAACUGCAGCGUUUGGUAGUUUCGCACACGGUGGUAACGAUGUCAGUAAUGCGAUUGGACCACUCAUUGCACUCUGGGCUGUAUAUGCAGAAGGAUCAGCUAGGCAAGAAGCAGAAACUCCAAUACUUAUAUUACUUUAUGGUGGUUUAGGAAUAUCAACUGGUCUUUGGAUGUGGGGACGUAGAGUUAUACAAACAUUAGGUCAAGAUUUAGCACGUAUUACACCAACAACUGGAUUUACUAUAGAAGUAGGAGCAGCAGUAACAGUUUUGUUGGCAAGUAAGGCUGGUUUACCUGUGUCAACAACGCAUUGCAAAGUAGGAUCAGUUGUCUGUGUGGGUUGGGCAUCGCGUGGCGGCGAGGGUGUAUCAUGGAAAUUAUUUCGUAAUAUUGCAUUUGCAUGGUUGAUUACUGUACCAGUGGCUGGCUGCUUAUCUGCAGGAUGUAUGGCUAUUUUCAAAGAAAUAAUUAGUAUGUGACUUCGUAAUCAAGGCAGCUAACA